AUGGUGUUCCCUAGCUUGCCCCCACAUCUACUUUCAGUUGUCGUUGCCCUUACUCUCUGGAUAGGCCACGGCGCAGCUGCACCUCAGGACGUUCCGUCCGCCGCGUCCUUCUAUGUCCCGAGACUUCCGGACCUGCACCAAGAUGCCACACGACCCUUGCGGAUGUUUGCAGGUCAUCUUCUGGCCGACACUGGAAGUGAAUCCGACUCCUCUGCUUCUUCCAAACCCCAUCUGUACUUCUUCAUGGUCAAGGCACGGCGGACGGCGGACAAGGAACGCAUUCUCUUCUGGUUGAACGGUGGUCCUGGAUGUUCAUCCUUCGAUGGGUUGAUGAUGGAAGUUGGCCCGUGGCGAGUUGAUAACAAGGGGGGUCUCAAGUUCGCAUCUGGUGGCUGGGAGGAGUACACUACUGUGGUCUACGUGGAUCAACCAGCGGGCACCGGCUUCUCAUACACUUCAUCCAACCGCUACGACCAUGAGCUACCAGAGGCAUCUGCACAUUUUGUCGAAUUUCUGCGCAACUUCUACAAAGUGUUUCCUGAAUACCAAGACGUCGACGCAUACAUCGCGGGCGAGAGUUUCGCUGGGCAGUAUAUCCCGUACUUCGCGGAUGCCAUUCUCAACUCCGACCUCAAGAUAUCAUUACAAGGUGCUGCUAUUGGAAACGGCUGGAUGGAUGCUCGGAGACAGUACCCCGCGUACCUAGACUAUGCUCUGAAACAUGGGCUCUUAGAUGAGGCGUCAGAGAACUACAAAACCAGCAAAGCGGUUGUAGACAACUGUGAAGCGAAGAUGAAAACAUACACGGACCAUGAACCUGUACAUGUCGACGUCUGCGAGACCAUCAUCAUGACAGUACUCUCAGACAAGAACCGCAAAUUGAACGGCGUCGACAUGUGCGCGAAUAUCUAUGAUGUUCGCCUAGAAGAUACCUCGCCAGCAUGCGGCAUGAAUUGGCCUCCGGAUCUACCUGCUAUUUACAAGUACUUGGCGAGGAAAGACGUCGUGGCCGCCAUACAUGCCCAAAACAUCCCCGGAGAGUGGGUUGAGUGCAAGUCUCGUGUUCACUCCGAGUUCGCAACACGCAAGUCAAAUUCCUCCGUGACUGUUCUGCCUCGCGUGCUGGAGAAGAUCCCGGUGAUGUUGUUCGUUGGAGAUCAAGAUAUGAUCUGCAACUACGUCGGUGUCGAGAGCAUGAUCCAGGCUCUGACCUGGAAUGGCGAGACAGGGCUUGGAAAAGUUACUACUCAAUCGUGGACGGUCAAUAACAACCCAGCCGGAACCUGGGUCAACUCUCGCAACCUCACGUACGUAAAGGUUUUCAACGCCUCACACAUGGUUGGCUUCGACGUUCCCCAUGUCUCGCACGACAUGAUCCUUCGUUUUAUGGGUGUAAACUUCAGCGCCAUCACCGAUGGUUCGGCUCGCAUCUCAAGCUCUGUCGGCGACGACUCGAAACCUGUGCACGCCAUCAUUGACGAUACGACUGCCUCUCCACCCGUGUCCACUAAAACGCCAGAGCAGGACAAGGCGAUGUGGGAAGCGUACUACAACGCCGGCUCCGCCGGGCUCGUCCUCGCGCUCAUCGCGCUCCUCGUUGGCGGCUUCCUUUGGUACCGCUACAAGCGGUCCUCCAAGCGCGGACUUUCGCUCUCCACACGCGAAGAGGCCAUUCCGCUCAACUCCUCGAUCGGCAUGAACGGCCACAGCGACGAGGACGACGGAUCGAGCUUCCGCUCGCGGAAGGGCAAGGAACGCGCGGGGUCACUGCCCGAGGAGGAGGCCAUCUUCGACAUCGGGGACGACGACGAGCGCAGCCCGCUGCCAGGGCGGUCAUAG